UGCAGGGUGAGGCUGGAGAUGACGGCGGUAGUAUACCCCCUCUGCCCGUGAGUCCCCUACCCCUGCGCUCAGCUGAUCGAGACGGGGGCUCAACCGCGUGCCAGAUUUGGGGCUCAAUUCGGGAGGCGAAACCUUCCUUCCCCCAGCUCACACCGACACCGUCAUCACACCGGACGCCUCUCGCCGGGAAAUAUUGACGGUUUGUCGGUUUGGGAGGUAGUUGAUGAAGACACGGCUGACUGGUAAUACCCAUGGCUUACACAUCCCUGGGAGAUGGGGGUGCUGGCAUUCCAGGAGGACGAUGGACCUGGGAUCAAAGGCUGGAUGCCAUGAUCUCUGAGCAUCAUCAUCAGCAGCAGCAGCAGCUGAGCAGGAAAGCCUUGCCCUUGGGCUCCUCGCUUCUCUCCUCCGAGCCCGGGGAGCGGAGGAGCAUCUUCGGCAGUCUCACGGGCGCCGAAAUCCAGAGCUCCCUGCUCGCAGCUGCCGAGAGGAGAGCCGUCUUCGGCAUGCAAGGCGAGGCCCCGGCUGCCCUGGCCAUGGAAGCCGAGAGACGAGCGCUGCUUGCGGGCUGUCUCAUGGAGGCACGAGACCCGCUGUUCGGUGGUGGUGGCAUUAGCGGGGAGGGCCGGGCGGAGGCAGAACGUCGUCUCGAGCAGGAAUUGAGGAUCCUGGCGGCCGGUGGAGACAGAAGCUGCGCGGCUCGGGGUCACUCAGGCUCCGCCGAAGGUCACGAUGCCACGGCUCUGCAGGCCGGCGAGAGGCACGAACCGGAGCAGAGUCCAAUGCACCUCAAGGAGUCGUCGCUCAUGGCAACGAGGUCCGAUGACAGCGACCAAGAUGGCAGUAUGACACCAGACACAGAUUGUGGAGCGACCACCAGCCAAGGAGGAGAGACAGAGCAGGAGACGUCAUCCUCCUCCAGACAGUAUCCUCCUGCAGCCCAGCCAACAGGCCCACAGCUGGUGUCCCCGCUUCUGCUGCCCUUCGGCAUGGCGGGAGUGGGCUCGGCGCUGGGCAGUGCAGCGGGACAGGCGGUUGGCGUGGGGCCUCAGCAAGGCAUGGUGCUCACUCUCCCGGCCGCCAGCCUGGCCAACAUGCAGGGGCUUGCGGCGGCGGCAGCGGCGGCCAGUGGAAUCCUCGCACUGCCCCUGCACAACAUGCAAGCUACCUCCUCGCUGAAUGCUCAAAUCCAGCAGUUGCACCAGUUACAGCAGCUGCAACAACAGCAACAACAGCAGCAACAGCAGCAGCAUCAGCAGCAGCAGCAACAGCAACCUCAGACUCAGCAAGCAAAACAUGGAGCAUCCCCGCGGAAAUCCUCGUCAGCUGCCAACCCAAGCCAGCCGCCAUCCAGCCAAGGCAGCAGCCUUCCCCUCGUGGGAGGCCCUCUCACGUCUCCGGCGGCGGUGGCCGCGGUGGCGGCGGCCGUCGCGGCCUCGGGGUCCCUGCCUCCCAGCGCUCACAUUUUCGCCGGGGCGCUCGCCGCGGGCCUGCCCGGGGUGGCGGGUCAGCUCAUCACGAACGCACAGGGGCAGCUCAUCGGGACCAUCCCACUGGUCGGGGGAGGGGGGUCAGGCACCGGCGCAGCGGGGAUGGGCGCCACUGGGCUGCCUCUGAGCCCCCAGCUCCUCACCAACACCCAAGGCCAAGUGGUGGCCAUGCUGGUGGGAAACCAGAUCUUGCCGGUCCUCAACCCGCAAGGCCUCACCCUAUCCUCAAUGAAGGCGCCUGGGCAGCAGCAGGUGCACGGACAACAAGGGGGACAAGGCUCCACCCCGCCUGGCCUUCUCCACGUAGUUCCCCCUGGGCCCGGGUCUCUGGCGCAUGGACAGGGCGGGCUGGGCCAGAGCCCCGGCUCGUCCGCCCCACAGUCGCUGUCUCCCUCUUCUCCGAGCGUGGGGCAGCUGGUGAACAACCCACAGGGCCCGUGCGGAGAGGUGGAUGGUGUGAACCUGGAGGAGAUGCGCGAGUUCGCGCGAGCAUUCAAGAUCCGUCGCCUCUCGCUGGGCCUGACGCAGACUCAGGUUGGACAGGCACUCAGUGCCGCCGAGGGUCCUGCCUACAGCCAGUCCGCAAUAUGCAGGAACGCCCUCCUCAUGCGAGCCGACUUGUUCCUGCCGGCCUUCGGAGCAGCAAGAGCUGGAGACGCAAUUAACGCGAGCGCUAAUAGCAGCAGCUCUCUCGACUCCCACGGGGCCUCAGGAAAACUGAACCCUGGGCUUUUAUGUCCUGCCAGGUUCGAGAAGCUGGACAUCACACCCAAGAGCGCGCAGAAGAUCAAGCCUGUGUUGGAGCGCUGGAUGGAGGAGGCUGAGGCCCGCAAGCAGGCCGGCCUCCAGAGCUUGAGCGACUUCGUGGGCGGCGAGCCCUCCAAGAAGCGCAAGCGCCGCACCUCUUUCACGCCGCAGGCGCUGGAGUUGCUCAAUGCGCACUUCGAGCGAAACACACACCCCUCGGGCCAGGAGAUGACGGCCAUUGCCGAGAGACUGUGCUAUGACCGCGAGGUUGUGCGCGUCUGGUUCUGCAAUAAGCGGCAAGCACUCAAAAACACCAUCAAACGUCUCAAGCAGCACGACCCUGCCACACCGCCACCGCCGCUGCCGCCGCCACCACCACCUGCGCUGCCAACGACGCCGCAAUCGCUGGUCGUGCCACAACCGGCAACCGGCCUGCCAAAGGUGGUGGUGACCGAACCGGGCCCUGGCACUUUUGAACACGCGGCGUUGUCGCAAGGCCUCACCAAAAUCCCAGCAGAGGAAGAAUCAUCUCACGGCUUUGACUAGCUUGGUGUGGAUUAUGCGCAGGGAGACCAGGCCACCUGGAUAACUGGAAUGGACUCUUGUUUUUGAAGAAUUAAAGAUCACUUUUUAACCUGAAGAUAAGAAAAAAAUGUUUUGAUUUACAGUGAUUUCCACUAUUGGGGGAAAAUAUUCCCUAUGCUUGUGUUUUUGGUUCUGUUUAAUUUUGAUGGUAAGGUACACCUUCGUAGCGUUACAUAGAUAACUGAGCUUUGUUUGAGUCAUACUAUUAUUGCACAUUUCUGCACAUUUUCAGAAGGUUAACGUUUUAUUGCUAACCGUAUGUCUUUCCGCUUAAAGUCUUCUACUUUAACUUUUGUGCAAAUUAUGAACAGCUUGUGUUUUUUUCUUGACAUAUAUUGGAAGUAUGGCAAAUUGAUGGGAACAGUCUGGUUUGAGAGUAUAUGUAUACACAUGCACACAAAAAUGCCAUCACAAAGCUUUAUCGACCAUCAAUGAUAUUGCCAACCUCUUGCUAUUUUCUAUGCAGAGCUUCAACUGCAGAAAAUUAGAUUUUAUGGGAAAUGUUUGACUUUUGGUCUUUUAUGCGUAUUUAAAUGUUUGUCCCAAAGAGUGGUUUCUUAAGGUCUGGCCUUUACAUUAUUACAAGUGUGGUCAGAUUUUAAUCUGAUGGGAUGUGUAUAGGUGAUAAUAACAAAAAAAACUAGACGGAAAACAAGUGAAAAAGGCUUUAUAUACAGUAUACCUGGUUGGAUGUGUUAACACUUUGCAUAUAUGUAAAUGUGACUUGUAGUGAAUAUCCGCUGCGUGAUGUUAAAGCUUUAAUAUGGAAUUACUUUAUUCUGAUGACUCAGCCAAAGAUACCUUAGCAAAACCAAAUCCGUUCAUACAAGGCACACUAAUAGCAAAGUGGUGCUCCAUAGCCACACUUUACUCCAAAAAAAUUAUAAUGAGAAUGAACACAUCUGGUUACGUGGUAGCUAUUAGAUGGAUUUUUAAAGAGUGUUUGUAAAACAGAAAUAACCCAAAGUAUGUCACAAAUGCACUUCCUGGGCUGAUUGGCCCAGAGUGUUGCCAAUAAGAGACCUACACAGCCUGCAGCGGGUGUCUUGUAGAAAGCAGACUAACUUGUGACCCUGACAGUGAAAGCAGUUGAAGAUCAUGAGAAACACAUCAUUUCCCAGCACAUUCAUUGUACGCUCUCAACCAUCGAAAAAAAGUAGAUAUUUAAUCAAUUUAAAUCAAUUUCAUAAUACGUUUGCAGCAUUGUUGUUGCAUCGCUCACGGCUGUGGACAGGGACUGCCACGUGUUCAUUUUCUUGAAGGGAUCAUCUUAGUUCCGGAGACAUCGAGUUACGCCACUGAGCAGUUCACUGCAUGUCCCGCAGCAUCACAGUGCCCCAUCACACCAUGCAGGCAUUGCAGUUGAAGAUAACUGCUGAGCUCCAUCUCCCUUUGUCACAGAUGGGCGUGAUCUUAGAAGAAACCAUUAGGGCCUCUCACGUUUAAUGUGUUGACCUCUUAUCUCAGAAUUGCCACCAGCAGUUGAGUCAGUCUGAAUGCAUUAAUCAGAAACUGCCUUGCACAAGAUGUAAAGCCAAAGGGAAAGGUUGCGAAGUGUAAAAACCGUAAACACGCUUUAUUUUAAACAGAAAUUGGUCAGCUUUAGGAAGGCAACAUGGUCCACUCUCGGAAAGUCUGAGGUUCAUUGGUUAUUGCCAGUUUGUACCCUCAUGCUGUGUUGUCAUCCUUCAAAAUGACAAAAAGGUGGCUGUCAUGUCCACUUUACGUAUAAAAUGAUCCCAAGAUUUAUGACUUUGCAAGGCCGCAGUUUGCUCCUGCGAUUACCGUGUAUACCUUUCCGAAAGAAACACUUUUAUCCACCUACAGUCAAAAUAUUCAACUAAAUCCAUAUACCAAGCAGCAAGAGUAGUUAAAAUUUUUUUCAGAGUUUUUGGUUUAUAUUGAGCCAAUUAAAUGUUUUUGAAACAGUAUCUUUCAUCAUAUGAGAUAAUACAAUACUGCAUAAUUGUAUUCGCCAUAUCAGCCUUGUAGUUGUCAGUAAAAUUCUAUUUAGAUUUGAAUACAAAUUAAAUUACACACCAGUCCACAUCCACCCGCCCACCACCAUAUAUGUGCACAGUCAAUGGUAAGGGCAUAAAAUUAGCAACCUAGAUUCUCAGGACUGCUAACGUCAUUAUUUUCCCCACGAUGUACAAUGUUUGUAUACAAGUACUAUUAGAACAUUUAGAAAUUGAAAUACUGAACAGCACGCAGUUAUAAUGUUUACCGGUGUUGUAAGGCUUUGAUGCAGCAUACAUGAGCAAACGAUGCGUUUUCUGAUUAGCAACACAAAGACGCAUAUAAGGUGGCACAUAGCAGUGGUACUUUUUAACAGCGAGGUCAUCAUGCAUUUUUCUCCUGGGCAAAAUCCCCAUACAUCUCAGACAACUAUUUAAAUAAAAAAGUAUCUUCAUACCAUUUGCAGCCACAUUUCCUCCUGAUAAUACAUUUUUCCCACCCACCAAAGAAUAUGUCCCAGUCAUGAGAGGUUCUCCCUAAGUAGUUUGAACGUUGCUUGUGUGCCAAUCACUCUGUAUGGUUCUACAUACACCAUCAUACCCAAACCAUACGAGCUUAGGUUAGCAGUGACAAAAAUACAGGACUCGUGCAUGGGACUACCACAGUGGAUGUGUAUAUUAUAUAUGCUAAAGCUUUAACCAAAAAGUAUAUUUCUGCUGUUAUAUAUCCUGUAAUGCCUUUGCAGCAAUUCCCCCAGCUGGACCAAAGCACCUCCUUUCUAUCAACCGUUUGAUGUUAUUUACAUUCUAUUUGUUUAUUUAUUUGGUUAAGUAAGUUUCUUUCAUAUCAUUUUAAAUCAAUUUUGAAGGAUUGACGAUUUAUGGGUUAAACUUUAAUGCCAAGGAAGUCAAUCGCUCUAAUUUACCUCAAACCCUGCAUUCUGAUUUAUAAAAUCCUCAAUGCUCUACCAAAUAUUGGCAUUUGCUUUCACACCUGUAAUUAUAACGAAACCCAUAAAUGAGAAUACGAAUAAUAACGUCUUGCAUUUUAGAGGGGAGUUACAGCAAUGGCUUGUAAUUCAAGGAGCCAGCGCAGAUCCUCAAGCAUCUGAUGUCUGAACAUUGGUCAAAGUGCCAAGAUUUUAAAAAAGUUAAGCAAUAUAGAACGCAACAAAUUCUAUACUCAACACAGCCUCACAAAAUACUGUCAAAAAUUUAGUGAAAAGAUUUCUUGAAAAAAAGAUGUAAGCAUUUUUUAAAAUGUCUUUUGUAUAUGUUUUUUUUAUCCAGUUAUUUAUGUGUUAUUCACCUUUCGGUAUUUCUAAACGUUCGGGCAAAAACAAACGUGCACAGCGCAAAUAGAGGGAGGCCUGACGCGGGGCUUGCAGCACAAUCGUGCGGCCUGACGAUCCCGCUCCUCGGGGUCGGCCGCUGCGUGAUCGCUCCUCAGUGACGUCACGGCACGUGUUGCGGGAACUCGUCGGGGACGUGCUUUGUAAGAAUCGCGCGGCCGAAGAACGCGGUGCUCGAGUGACACGUGACACGUGCUGCGUUUCACUGUGCUCGAGUGACACGUGCUGCGUCUCACUGUGCUCACGUGACACGUGCGGCGUCUCACCGUGCUCGAGUGACACGUGACACGUGCUGCGUCUCACUGUGCUCGAGUGACACGUGACACGUGCUGCGUCUCACCGUGCUCGAGUGACACGUGACACGUGCUGCGUUUCA